AUGGAUCCCCUCCUUGAUCCACUAGGGGAUCGUGUAAUUAAAAAUAUAGAGCCUCCCCCUGCAAAGGCACUUCAUCGACACCUUUUAUUCCCAAAUGGCACCGAACUUCCUCCAGAUUGGAUCAUUGUGAAGAACCAUCUCUCUAAGGAAGGAUUCAUUGGAAAGGAAGAUGCUUUGAUUAUUAUAGAAAAGACGAAACAAAUUCUUUCAAUUGAACCUAAUUUAUUGGAUUUGAAUGAUCCAAUCACUCUUGUUGGAGAUAUACAUGGUCAGUAUUAUGAUUUACUCAAAUUAUUUGAUAUCGGAGGUUGUCCAUCUAAAGUUCAAUACCUAUUUUUGGGAGAUUAUGUUGACAGAGGAUCAUUUAGUGUAGAAGUUGUCUUACUUCUGUACUCUAUUAAAAUUAAUUUCCCAAAUACAUUUUGGCUAUUAAGAGGAAAUCAUGAAACCCGAAAUAUGACAUCAUUUUUUAACUUUAAAAAUGAAUGCCUUUUAAAAUUUGAUGAAGAAGUUUACGAUAAAUUUAUGGAAUCUUUCGAUUACCUUCCAAUAUGCGCUAUUGUAAAUAAGAAUUUUUUUGUAUUACACGGUGGCAUUUCACCAGAACUUAUAACGCUUGACCAAAUUAGAGAUUUAGAUAGAAUAAAAGAACCUCCUAAGCACGGGCUUUUAUGCGAUUUACUUUGGGCUGACCCGUCUAUUGAAUUGGAUUCAAAUUCAUCUAAUGAUGUAACGGCUAAUGAUUCAUUUUAUCCUAAUCAAGUUAGAGGGUGUAGUUAUACAUUUGGAUCUAAAGCUGUUGAUAAUUUUCUAGUAAAUAAUAAACUAUUAGGGAUCGUUAGGGCACAUGAGGCGCAAUUAGAUGGAUUUAAAAUGCAUAAAAAGAAUUUGAAGACAGGCCUUCCAAUGGUCAUUACAAUAUUUUCAGCUCCAAAUUAUUGCGAUGUAUACAAUAAUAAAGGAGCCUUAUUAAAAUUACAUGAAAAUACAUUAAAUAUCCAACAGUUUUCUGCUUCCCCUCAUCCAUACCAUUUGCCUAACUUCAUGAAUAUAUUCUCAUGGUCACUGCCUUUUGUGUCAGAAAAAGUACUGGAAAUGUUAUAUGGAUUAAUACAACAGCCUAAAUGGGACCUUAAAACCUGGGCUAAGACUAGGAAGCAAAGAAACGGAUUAGACGAACUACCUGCCGAAGCCAGGGAAUUGGUUGAAGAAAUACAACCAGAAACUAUUCAACUUGAUCCAAUAUUUUCCAAAGAAAGGGCCGAGGCUAUUAGAGCCAAAGUUCAGACCAUCGGACGUUUAAUGAGACUGUUUAAGACUCUAAGAAUGGAAAGUGAACUUGUAGUUCAAUUAAAAGAUUGUAACCCGGGGCAUAGAAUACCACUUGAUCUUUUACUAAGCGGAAGACAGGGAUUAGAGAAUGCUCUCGAGAAUUUUAAUGCAGCUAAAACUAUAGAUUUAAAAAAUGAGUGCUGGCCUGAAAAUAAAACUACUGAAGAUUAG